AUGACCAUGCCGGCCUCGUCCCCCUCCGGUGGCAGUGCCUGUGCCCCAUCGCCGCCGCCGCCACCGCCGCCGCCGCCGCGGGCUAUGAAGCGUGAGCUCGCCUUCGCGCUCCAGUCCCUCUCCGAGAUCUCUGCCUCCCCCGGCCGCACGCGCUCCGGCCGCCCCAUCUCUUCCCUUCCGGACCCAUCGGCAUCAGCAUCUCUCAAGAGGCGCAAGAGAUCCGACCCGUCCGCCCUCGCCCCCGCCCCCGGCCCCGCAGCCUAUCCCGUCUCCCCGCCCACGUCGCCUAUCGACGCCGAGCCGCCUAACCAGCCCCUCCUUGACAUCAUCCAACCGCUCCAUGGAUCUAAUCCUCCCACCGCCUCUGACCACCGAUCCGAUUCCAAUGCCACUCAAGAGGUCAUUCUGCAAUCGAUGCUGGAAGCCCCCCAGCCAUCGCACGCUGACACUGCAGCAGAGGACUCGGCAAUGGAAGUGAUUGCAAAGGUGAAUCUGCCCGCAGCAGAGGAUAGUGCAGCAGAGACUGCAACAGAGGACUCAGCAAUGGAAGUGAUUGCAAAGCUGAAUGUGCUCGCAGAGGAUGGUGCAUCAAAGCCGCGUGUGGCCGCAGAGGACACUGCAGCAGUAGCACCAACUCUGCUGGAAACCACCAUUGCAGAUAGUGCAUCAAAGCCGAAUGUGGCCGCAGAGGAUACUGCAGGAGUACCACCAACUCUGCUGGAAACCACCAUUGCAGCUGGAAAUGACCAGUGUGAUAACACAAACUCGAAUGGAGCAAGUCUACAGCAGCAGGCCGUCACCAUUGCAGCUGGAAACGACCAGUGUGAUAACUCAAACUCAAAUGGAGCAAGUCUACAGCAGCAGGCCGUGGACAAUGUAUUACUCUCCAAUACUAUGCUAGCUGAGGACGCUGCCACACCUGUGGCUGCUGCCGAGCUCAAGCCUGCAAGGCGCUUCACCCGAUCACUGCUCAAGAAUAAUAAACCGGACAAAGAAGAGUCUGCAGCUUGUGAAAGUCAGGCGACACCAGAUGGCAGCAAGGAUGCCUCAUUUGAUUUCGCUUUGCUCCUGGAGAAGCCUCAGAGAAGGUUCACAAGGUCGUUGCUCAAGACAAAGGUUGAGAGCAGUUUGCUUGGAUCUGACGAUGCGCUGGACAGCACAUCUGACUCCCCUCCAUCAGUGAAGAAGAUGGAGAUGAAGAUGUCAAAGAAAGUUGCCUGCCUCACGAAGCAUCCUGGAAACAUUAGAGAGCUGCUCAAUACAGGCCUGCUCGAAGGGAUGCCAGUUAUGUACAUCAUUCCUCAUAGCAAGAAGGCUGUGCUAAAAGGAGUGAUUACUGGUUGCAAUAUACUUUGCUUUUGCCUGUCCUGUAAUGGCGCCAAGGCUGUUUCAGCUUAUUACUUUGAACAACAUGCUGGAAGCACCAAAAAACACCCUGCUGAUUACAUUUACUUAGGGAAUGGCAAUAGUUUGCGUGACGUGCUGCGUGCAUCUGACAGAUCUCCCUUGGAGGCUCUGGAAAAAACGAUUCGUUCUUCCAUUGAUCCAGUAGUUAAAAGGAGCCGCGUUAAUUGUUUGAAUUGCAAUGAGCCUGUUCUUCCGUCAUCACAAACUGAAAACAUACUGUGUCAAGUUUGCCUCGAGUCAAAGCAACCUCAAGAUCCUCUUACCGCAUCGUAUACAUGUAAUGGCAGUUCGAGUCUGACUCCAGGUUCCAAGGAGGCUUUGCUAAAGAACAUAUCAUCAGGCAAGAAGGGUGGGAGUGCUGGCAAAGUAACAAACAAGGAUAACAGACUACACAAAUUGGUCUUUAAUGUUUUGCUUGAUGGCACAGAAGUAGCUUACUAUGUUGAUGGGCAGAGAAAGGUUGACGGGUAUAUCAAGGAUCAAAGAAUCUACUGUAAUCACUGCAACAGAGUGGUUAGCCCAUCAGCAUUUGAAGCUCAUGCGGGUGAGGGAUCAAGGCGCAAACCGUAUGAUAACAUAUUCACAUCAAACGGAGUAUCAUUGCAUGAGCUGGCAAUGAAAAUAUCAAAGGAUAUGGAACUGUCAGAACGCGAGACAGAUGAUCUGUGCAGAGAAUGUGGUCAGGGGGGAGACAUUUUCCCGUGCAAAAUCUGUCCAAGGUCAUUUCAUCCAGCUUGUGUUGGACUGUCUAAAGUCCCCUCCGAAUGGUAUUGUGAUAAUUGUCGCAAUCUUGUGCAAAAAGAAAAGGCUUUAGCACAGAACAAAAAUGCUAAAGCUGCUGGGAGGCAAGCUGGAGUUGAUUCCAUUGAACAGAUAAUGAAGAGAGCUAUACGGAUUGUCCCCAUUUCUGAUGAUCUUGGAGGCUGUGCUCUAUGCAAACAGAAAGAUUUCAACAAUGCUGUGUUUGAUGAGCGCACUGUGAUACUCUGUGACCAAUGUGAGAAAGAGUAUCAUGUCGGAUGCUUGCAGAGUCAAUGGCAAGUAGAACUAAAGGAAUUGCCAGAGGGGGAGUGGUUCUGUUGCAGUAGUUGCUCUGAGACACGAUCUUCAUUGGACAAGAUAAUCUCCAAUGGAGCUCAACUAUUGGCAGAGCCAGAUCUUGAAAUCAUAAGGAAGAAACAUGAGACAAGAGGUUUAUGCAUGGACACCAGUAAAGAUCUCAAAUGGCAAUUACUUUCUGGUAAAAGGGCUACUGAAGAGGGAAGCUUAUUGCUCUCUGCUGCAGUGCCAAUUUUUCAUCAAUCUUUUGAUCCGAUCCGUGAAGCUCUCACUGGUAGAGAUUUGAUUCCUGAGAUGGUUAACGGGAGGGGACCUAAGGAGGGAAUGCCCGGACAAGAUUACAGUGGAAUGUACUGUGCACUGUUAACUGUGGGCUCUGCUGUGGUGUCAGCAGCACUUAUGCGUGUGAUGGGAGGUGAUGUGGCUGAGCUGCCACUAGUUGCUACAAGCCAGGAUGUUCAAGGGCUGGGCUACUUCCAAGCCUUGUUCUCAUGCAUAGAGAGGGUGCUAGUCUCGCUGAAGAUCAAGCACUUUGUGCUUCCAGCUGCACAUGAAGCUGAAGGGAUCUGGAUGAAGAAAUUUGGCUUCUCUAGGAUCCUUCCUGAAGAGCUGGAAGCUUGUCUUAAUGGGGCACACCUGACUAUAUUCCAUGGAACGUCAUACCUGUACAAGGCUGUUCCAAUGUCAUGA